GCCAGAUUGACGGCCAUAACCAGUCAGCCAACUUUCCCAUCACUCCCCUGAAAAUCCUCAAACCACUCCACCGAUAUCCACUCUGUCAUCCAUUUUUUUUUUUUUUGAAUAUUUUCUCACCUUCUCCACCGUUAUCACUCACUCUCAUUACUUCACACGCAUGUGUGUACCUUUUCUUCUUUCUCUUUUAAGUAUUACUAUUCACUUUCGCCAAAUCCAGAUUUACUCUGAUUCGAAGCAUCUUGAUUCUCUCCGCAUGCUUUCCUUCCAAAUCAACGAGAGAAUCUUAGUUUCUCACUCACCCAGUGGAAGAAGAGCGAGAUAGCUUGGAGAAAACGGGACAGUGGAUAUGGAGAGGCAAAGAAGUUUCUCACUCAAAUCAACGAGAAUCUUAGUUUUCUCUUUGACAAUGUCUUCUUCUCUCGUCAUCCUCGCUUUCUUCUCGAUUUGGGUAAUGAAAUCCAACCCUUCUGUUCAUGAAGAGAUCCAUGUUAACUUCAACAAACCCUCGCCUACUCUGGGUAUCAAACCCUUCACUGUACAGACCUUGACUGGCUUCAGAGGAAAUUUCUCAGCUGUGAGUUUGAAUAGUUCUGUUUGGAUCUAUGCCCAUUUGAAUGCAACUGAAAAUACUCCCGGGCUUCCUGACACUCAGGCUAUGGAGAUGGUUAGUGAGCAAAAAGAUGGAGUUGGGGGCAGGUUCACUUCGUUGCAGGAAAAUGCACCAGGGUCUCCAUCCGGGGAUACCGAAGUUCGAAGCAACGUGGCGAUUAAGGAGAAGGAGAUGAGAGCAACUUCAUUUAAGAAAUCUGAGCCGUCAUUAACCAGUGAAGAGAUUAAGGAGAAGAAGCUUGAAGCUAUUCCAUCGAGGAACAAUGAAUCAAUCCAGAGUAAAGCGAGGAUUACAGACAAUAGCAAAGAGGAGGAGUGUGAUGUUACGAAAGGAAGGUGGGUUUAUGACGAAAGCUACCCUUUGUACACGAAUGUCUCCUGCCCUUUCAUUGAUGAAGGGUUUGACUGCGAAAGCAAUGGGAGAUUGGAUAAAGACUACAUGAAAUGGAAAUGGCAACCGCUAUACUGUGAGAUUCCCAGGUUCAACGCAACAAUAAUGCUUGAUUUGAUAAGAGGCAAGAGGGUAGUUUUUGUUGGUGACUCCAUCAAUAGAAACCAAUGGGAAUCCAUGCUUUGUAUGCUGAUGGGAGCCAUUAAAGAUUCCAAAAGAGUUUAUGAGACCCACGGGCGAAGAAUCACCAAAGAGAAGGGUGAUUAUAGUUUCAGAUUUGUGGAUUAUAAAUGUACUGUUGAGUACUAUGUGAGCCAUUUCUUGGUUCAUGAGAGUAAGGCAAGAGUAGGGCAGAAACGGCGGCCAACCUUGCGAAUUGAUGCCAUUGAUCAUGGAUCAUCAAGAUGGAAAGGAGCUGAUAUUUUGAUCUUCAAUACAGCACACUGGUGGUCUCAUCACAAAACAAAAGCUGGGAUCUACUAUUAUCAGGAAGGGAAGCUAGUGCAUCCUCAACUUGAUGUGUCAACAGCUUUUAGAAGAGCUUUGAUGACUUGGGCAUCAUGGGUUGAUAAAAACAUAAAUCCGAAGAAAACCCAAGUUUUCUUUCGAAGUCCAGCCCCUUCACAUUUCAGAGGAGGGCAAUGGAAUUCUGGUGGCCACUGUAAGGAAGCUACUCGGCUGUUGGAUGAAAUCUCGGUCAUCAGCUACUCAGAGAAGAAUGCAAUUGUUCAGGAGGUAAUAAAGCAGAUGAGAACCAACGUAACUUUCUUGAAUAUCAGUAGUUUGUCUGAGUACAGAAUAGAUGGUCACCCUUCAAUAUAUGGAGGAAAACCGGGAAAUCACUACUCUUCGAGUAUUCAGGAUUGCAGCCAUUGGUGUCUUCCAGGGGUUCCGGAUACAUGGAAUGAAUUGUUGUAUUAUCACUUGCAAUCUAAAAGGAGAGGAUAGUUUGUAUUGAAAUUUUUUUGUUUUGUUUUUCCAGUGUGUAUAUUGUCAAUUGCAAGUUAAGAGUACAGAGUGUUCUUAGGUGGAUUGGUCCAGAUAAAAAUGCAAGGGAAAAAAGAAAUUCUGCAAUUUUUAUCCAAAAAAUUGGUAAAAAUAUUGUUAUAUUUUAUUUCAUUACAAUAACAUCAUCAGUAUUAGUAAUCCA